AUCCACAGCAAACUACGACACCAAGCCCAGAGUGAGCGGUUUGGAUACCGAGAGGUGGUUUUAAAAGGUGAUCCAAAGAAGUUGAAUCUUCAUGGGCAGACGUGUGCCGUGUGUCUCGAGGACUUCAAAGUGAAGGACGAGCUGGGAGUGUUGCCAUGCCAACAUGCUUUCCACAGGAAGUGUCUGGUAAAAUGGCUGGAGGUGCGCUGCGUCUGCCCCAUGUGCAACAAACCAAUAGCGGGCCCCCCUGAGCAGCACCACAGCAUAGGGACCCUUCUGGAUGAACUGGUGUAACUGAAGGACCCCUGCAGCCCGGGGUGGCCCGCCUGCCGCGCCCGGGCCCGAGCAGCUGAUAUCAUUUAGCAACUAGCAGGAACAUGGACCCUGUGCUGCUGUUAAAAAAUCAGCGAAGAAACACCGACAUGAUAACAGUAAAUUGGGGUAACCUAGUUACCACCCAGAGAAAGACAGAAGGAUGCUGUUGCCUAGCGACCAUAUCCAAGAUGGCAACACGACACCUUGUGGUGUCUGAGAGAUUAUCUCCAGCCACCCACACAUCACUCCACCACUCUUCUUUCAACAUCCUUCCCCCCACACAUCCCUCACAUCUUCUCUGGUUACUUCGAGUCAGGUUAAUGAAACAGCGACAAGUGAGUGUUGAAGGAUGGCAGCGCAGGGUCAGAGGCACUGAUCCCACGGCAUGUCUGAGUGUUGAAUGUCAUGGUGGUUACUAACAUGAAAUAAUUAUCGGAGGAUGUUAUUAAAUCUCUCACUUAAUUAUUUUAGUAAAGACGUUUUUAAACAAAGCUACAGAGAAAAAUAUAUGUCAUCGUCCCUUAACAUGUUGAGAGGAGUUACACUGCUUACAAUUCGGUAUUUAAAAAAAAUGUUUCAACAGGUACAACAAGGGUUUACCAAAAAUAUCUGGGGCCUCAUUUAUAAAGCCUUGCGUAGGAUUGGCGUGAGAAGGUUGCUUACGUAGGACAAAGCUAAUAAAUACGCACCGACACUUUCCGAUUCAUAAAAGACUGCGUACGGCACAUCCUACGCCGGUUUCACUUUAUAAAUCACAAUCAACUCGAAAUGCGUCGCAGCUUUUGCGGGCUUCACGUA